GAUCAAUGUCUUCAAAAACAAGUAACAAAAAAAUGACAGCUCCCGCUCCUCCAACCGCAGCACCAGAGCCAAAGAGUGUUUUUUCCCUGAUCCGACUUGCGACACCGUCCGAUGUUCCUUUCAUUCACAAGCUAAUUCACCAGAUGGCAGUUUUUGAGCGCCUCACGCAUCUCUUUGUCGCCACCGAGGCUGGUCUUGCCUCCACGCUCUUCAACUCCCGUCCGUUCCAAGCCGUCACCGUCUUCCUCUUGGAGAUCUCCCGUUCACCAUUUUCCACCACUGACGCUACGUCCCCUGACUUCACCCCUUUUUUUGAGACGCAUAACGUUGAUCUCCCAAUAGAGGAUCCAGAGAGCCAAGACUUCUCGCCAGAUAAGCUUAACGACGUAAUUGUGGCUGGAUUCGUUCUGUUCUUCCCGAACUACCCAAGCUUUCUAGCUAAACAGGGUUUCUACAUCGAGGACAUCUUCGUGAGAGAGCCUUACAGGAGAAAAGGCUUCGGCAAAAUGCUACUAACCGCUGUGGCCAAGCAAGCGGUGAAGUUGGGUGUCGGAAGAGUGGAGUGGAUUGUGAUUGAUUGGAAUGUGAAUGCUAUCAACUUCUAUGAGCAGAUGGGUGCCACGGUCUUCAAGGAAUGGAGACUUUGUAGGCUUACUGGCGAUGCACUUCAAGCUAUAGACAAGCUAAGCAUCUAGAUUUGAUAUUUUGCUACUGAGUCGACCCAUCAUCGAACGAUCUGAUCACUUCCUUUUAAACUUUGUGUCUCACUUGUUUUUCUCUUGUUGAAUAAUACAUCUCAUGUUUUUAAAGUAGAGGACGAGAGAUGCAUGUUACUGUGAUUCCGCUUGUGUUUAUUAUACAUAUGUAAUUCUCUUGUAUUUUCCAUGUUCAAAAUAAAAUUUCGAAA